GGAUCUGACUUGCCAUUUGCCGUCCUGUGUUUGCCGGUCAUCAUCACCAAUACCGACUCGAAUCCCCCCCCCCCCCCCUCCUUACACACGAACGAAGCCGAGAAACCAGACCCGACGACCAAGAUGGGUUCCGACGAGAAACCCCCUUCCACCUACCGGUACAACGAGAAGCCGACUUACACUACGUCCAAUGGCGCCCCCGUCGAGAACCCCCAGGCGUGGCAGCGCAUCGGUCCCCAGGGCCCUCUGCUGCUGCAGGACUUCCACCUGAUCGACCUGCUGGCUCACUUUGACCGCGAGCGCAUCCCCGAGCGCGUCGUCCACGCCAAGGGCGCCGGCGCUUACGGCGAGUUCGAGGUCACCCACGACAUCAGCGACAUCUGCUCCAUCGACAUGCUCAGCAAGGUCGGCAAGAAGACCAAGGCUCUCGCCCGCUUCUCUACCGUCGGCGGCGAGAAGGGCUCCGCCGACUCGGCGCGCGACCCCCGCGGCUUCUCCGUCAAGUUCUACACGGACGAGGGCAACUGGGACUGGGUCUACAACAACACGCCCAUUUUCUUCAUCCGCGACCCCGUCAAAUUCCCGGUGUUCAUCCACACCCAGAAGCGCCACCCGCAGACCAACCUCAAGGAUGCCACCAUGAUGGUAAGCGAUGACCUCUAAACUUGCUGU